AUGCGUAAGCAGCCUCAACGGACCCUGCUGAUUCUGAUUGUGCUGAAUGUCGUAUCACUAAGCGUGCUAGGCUUUUACAGGACGAGCGACGCGGCUCCGCGACAGGCGCCGCAACAGGUCGCCAACCCUACGGAACAGAUGUUUGAGGUCAUCAACGAGUUGAAACAACUCAACGUGUUGAUGAAAGAACAAAACGAUCGUGAACGAAUGUCACAGCGCGAACGAAUUGGCUUUACGCUGAUUGAGCUGCUAAUCGUCGUUGCCGUAAUGGCUAUUGUGGCAGCGUUGGUUGUGCCAUCAACGACGCCGGCUGUCUCGCAGCGCCUUCGAUCGGCCGCUGAGAUGCUUGCGACUGACUUGGGAUACGUCAGAAGUUUAGCCGUUUCGAAUGCCAGCCAGUAUCGGGUGAGCUUCGAUGUGGAAAACAACCAGUAUGUAAUCGAACACAGUGGAAGUAACGGGGCUCUGGAUUCCUUACCGCCAGGGCCGUUUCGGGCACCGAACGAUCCUGCGGAUGAGCAUAUCGUUGAUCUGAAUUCAGUACCAACGCUAUCACGCGGUGGAGUUCAAAUGUCGGCCGUGGCGACUGGCGGUGGAACUCCUCUGACACAAAUUGAGUUUGGACCGCUGGGGUCUACGACCGAGUCGGAUGAGACCGUUAUUUGGUUCUCAGCCGGGUCGGGAACAACGGAACAGAAUGUGGGUGUGUUUGUUAACCCAGUAACAGGACUGGCCACGGUGGGUGAAAGCCUGGCCAUUGAUGAGCUCGACAAUGCGCGGAAUCGAAUCGUGGAGGCCGUGAAGUGGGAACUGAAUCUCAAUGCGGACGCCACCGAAGAACAAACCGCCGAGGCCUGGAUUGAAGGAUUGCAACAGGCCAGGCAGAGUCGGGGGUUUCGUGGGAACGACGCCGUCGUGUGCUUGAGUGCUCCCGAGCUGUUCGUGCAGAACGUUCGAGUAGCCAAGGUGGCCGAUUCGCAACUGGAACAUGCCGUGUAUGAAGAGGCUGCCUCACGUCUACGGUAUCCAAUCUCAGAAGCCGAAAUACGCUACUUUCCCGCAGCAGACGUACGUCAGGGCGAUGAAUUCAAGAAAGAAGUCAUUCUGCUGGCUUGCCAUCGUCCUGUACUCGACCGGUUUUUGAAUGUGGUGGUCGAAGGUGGGUUGCGACCAGUUGCUGUGGACGUAGCCCCAGCGGCGUUGAUGCGUGGCUAUCGGCAUUGCUUCCGUCGCGAUUCAGACCAAGAGCUGAGCUUGAUGAUCGUAGCCAUCGGGGCCACCAGCACCCUGGUGGUGAUCGCUCAGGGUCAAGAGACCAAAUUCACCAAGUACAUCGACAUUGGCGGGAAUCGCAUGGACGACGCGAUCGCCCGGCACAUGAAGAUGGCCCAUAACGACGCUGCAGCAUUGCGCCGGCAUAACAGCGAUCGCCGAACGGGCGAACAAGACCCAGACGUAACGCGAACGAUUAUGGAAGCGACGCGCGUGAUUGUUGAUCGACUGACCGAAGAACUCUCGAUGUGUGUACGUUACCACAGUGUGGCGUUUCGUGGUCAGCGUAUCGACCGCCUGGUGAUUGGUGGCGGCGAAGCGAAUGAAUGGUUGCGUGAUGCCCUGAGUUCCCGCGUGGAUAUCCCCUGCGAAGUCGGCGAACCGCUACGACACCUCGCAGGUGUCGAGCCGCCGGGGCGUCAAAGCCAAUGGGACCUCGCCGAUAUUGAUUUCCUUCCAGCUGAAUACCGCGUGGCCAAUGCCCAACGCCGCACACAUAUGUGGCGCGUGGUCGUGCUGGCAAUCGGUCUGGGGUGUCUGAUUAGCGGGGCUGCGUACGACUACUUCCAACGAGGCUUGCUAAAGUCGCAACUCGAUGCUGCCAAAAAGCGAUAUCAGGCCAGUCAGUUGCUGGGGGAACAGAUCGUUCAGUUGGAAAACGAAUUGUUCGACGCACAAGACAAGGCUCACCUGUUCACCUAUCUCGAUCAUCCCUGGCCCAGGUCGCGGAUCCUGGCCGCCAUUGUGGAACCGUUGCCCAAAGACAUCUAUCUCGAACGGCUAACCGUGACUUAUCGUGCUGCACCGCGGGCGAUCUCGCGUCGCGAUAACGUGCGGGCUGCUCCGCCAAGUCCGACUGAGGAGCAAGCCGCCGUGAACGGAGCAAAGGCAGACCUUGCAGAAUUGCGCAAACACUACGACGAGCAAGAACUGAUCGUAACGCUCGCCGGCAUGGUUGAAGAUGAAGCAAACUUGCACAAUUACCUGGCUCGUCUCGAGCUGUCGGAUUGGUUCACGGCAACCGAACUGAACGAUAUCCAACGAGAUGAGAAGGGGAGCAAGACCAUGAAGCGCCUACUAGAUCGCUCGAGUUGGAUGGUCACCGGCCCCCUGUUGCUGCUGACCGUCGUAUAUCUGACGGUGUUCUUCGUACCGGGGCGUCGUGAGUUGAGGCGGUUGCGCGCAGACCUCAAGUCGACAACCGAUAUGUCGUACCAAGCCGAGAUAAAAGGGACUCGCAUCGAGGCCAUCCGGGCCGACCUCGAAUCGACAAAAGAAUACACCGAUCAGUGGCGCAAGCGCGCUUUGGGUAUGCCCAAGUUUGCCGAGUUAUAUGGACGCGUGCUAGCUAUGGGCCGUGAAACCGGCACCGUCUUUCAUUCGUUCGAUCCUGAAACCCCAGUUUCGAUGAACUACCUGGACCAAAUGUCGGUGCAGUUGGUUUGUGGGGGCGAUUUCGACUCGAUCUUCGAGUUCAUCCGCCGUCUCGAAGGGUUCCCGGAAGCCAUCUUGAUCAACUCCAUCGACAUGGUGGCACCUCGACAAGAUGGGGAAAUGACGCAGUAUCGAGCAAAGGUGGAUACGGCUGAACUGGUCACCCGAUUGAAGGCCGACGCGAAGGCUAACCCCGCAAAGGUAGCGGUGCUGGGGUUAUUGCUAGCGGUGGCCAUCUAUUUCUGGGUGCCUCUGGCAGGCAAGCUGUUCACGAAGCGAGAACCUGCCAACGUCCAGCCUCAGCCGCUGGUGCUUGAUAUCGCCUCAGCAGUUUCAGAGCAGGAACCGACGAUGACCCACCAGUCUUGGCGUGACAUCACGGACGGGAUUUCAGAAGACCCCGACAUGGAGCCGGCACCCAAGAUCGAAUGGGAGCGAGAUCCGUUUGCGGUAGCCAUUGCACCGCCUGAACCCGAGUCGGAGAUGGUCGACGACUCGAUUCCGAUCGAGGCGUCGGACGCCCAGGUUCAACUACUACUGAAGGGAACGUUAGUCAGUGCGACCAAGAAAACAGCCCUGAUUAACAACGACAGUUAUCAACAAGGCGACACAAUUGAACUGGCAGAGGGAUUCUCUGUGGAAAUCGAGCGGGUAGCCACCCGGUAUAUCGUGCUCGAGGCCAACGGGAAUCGGUUUCAACUGGAGUUGAAUACCCCCACCACGAUCAGCUUUGGUGCGUUCGGCAUUGGCGUAGCCAUGUUGCUCGCUAAUGCCAUGCCUCAAAAGCCGCGCAUCGAUGCUCCGGUUGCUGUUUCGAAGCAGUUGGAAGCCGCCCAGGAAAGCAAACCUGCGGAGCAAACCGAAGCUCCGGUCCGUGAGCACAUACAACCGGUAGCCACCACAGCAACGGACCCAAAAGUUGCCGUGGCGAUGCCUGUGGCUCACGAAGAGCCGGCUCCGCAAGUCGCCGAAACUGUGCCUCCGGUGGCACAGCAACAGGGCGAGUCGAUGGACUCAUUGGGGCCGCUGCUCGAUUUGAUUCAGCAGGUUCCGAACCUCAAACAACUGGUCGAUGGAACCGGUAUCCCUACGGCUCCCCCGCCGGCAGUACCGCAGGGUCCUCUGCAGCAGAAGCCGGUCGUUCGGGCUUCUGAAGGUGACGACAAACUUAGCUUCAAUAUCUCCGGCAUGGAUAUUCGCACUGCGCUCGAGUGGUUAAGCGAACAGGGCGGGUUAAACAUUGUCGCGACUCAAAGUGUUACUGGUAUCGUCAAUAGUGUUGCACUUAACAAUGUCGAUGCUGAAACUGCACUGGACGUGAUUCUCGAGUCGACCGGGUUCGUCAUGCGGCGGAAAGGGCGGUUCGUGUACGUUGGCACGCCCGAAGACUUUGCCAAUCUGGAGCAGUCCCGCGACACCAUCAUCACCAAAGUUUACCGGCCGAAUUACGUCACGGCCGCCGAGCUGCAAACCCUGAUCACACCACUGUUAAGUGAUCGAGGCUCGAUCAGUGUCACCACAGCUGCUGAAACAGGCAUCCAGAGUGAUUCGGACAACGCCGGCGGCGACUCGCUGGCUAACGGCGAUGCCGUGGUGGUUCGCGACUACGAACUUGUACUUGCUGAGGUCGACCAGGUUAUUGCUGAGCUGGAUAGACGCCCAAUGCAGGUGGCUAUCGAGGCGAUGAUUCUCAGCGUGAAGCUGAACGACAAUACCGAGUUCGGUAUCAACUGGCAGUUUCUUCGCGAUCAAGACAAUGUGCGCUUCGGUUCUGGAUCACCUCGAGUCGAGCCGCUGAAUGGAGCGGGUACCGUUGACUCGGCAACGGGCGGGACGAUAGGAGAAUUCCUGUUCGAUGGCGGACUUUCGUUUGCGUUCCUAGAUUCAAGCAUCGGGCACUUCAUCGAGGCAUUGGAAACCAUCGGCGACACCAACGUGAUCGCCACGCCGCGGUUGAUGUGUCUGAAUAAGCAACGGGCGGAAAUUCUCAUCGGUGCGGAGUUGGGUUACGUGAGCACCACGGUCACUCAAACUCAGGCGACUCAGCAGGUCGAGUUCCUUCGCGUGGGCACUGAGCUGCGACUGCGGCCAUACAUCUCCAGCGAUGGUUUGAUUCGCAUGGAAGUACAUCCGCAGCUUUCAACCGGUGCGGUGCGUGUGGAAGAGGGAUUCACGUUGCCCGACCGCGAAACAACCGAAGUGACCACGAACAUCAUGACUCGCGAUGGCUGCACCGUCAUCAUUGGUGGUUUGGUUCGUGAAGACUUGAGCGUCAACUCGAGCCAGAUUCCGUUCCUGGGCAGCGUUCCCUAUUUAGGGGUGCUAUUCCGGCAGCGCAGCGAAGAAAUCGAACGCAGUGAGAUCGUUAUCCUCAUCACCCCGAACAUUGUUUCCGAACCAGAAACCUGCUGCGAAGGCGAGCAAGCUGCUUGCGAAAUGCAUCGGCGGCACGCCGUCUACUCAGAUCACAUGAGCCCCAUCAGCAAGCAAUACCUUGGCCGGAAGUACUUCCGGCUUUCGCAAGAAGCCCUGGCUUUGGGCGAUAUCAGGCGCGCCAAGCGGUAUAUCGAUUUUUCGAUCAGGCUCGACCCGGCCAGCCGUGCCGCGAUUGAGUUGCAGAACGACUUGGACGCUGGCACAUUUGACGGCGACCAUAGUUCAAACCCUCCAGUGAUGAAGGGAAGCCUGCUCUACGAUCCCGCAACCUACCCCGGCACGGGCCACUUCAUCGAGUCGAGCGGUAUCCACUCGGGUGAGGUGAUAGUGGAAGGUCCGGACGAUCCAGCCUCGGGGAGAGAACCCUUGAGUUGCCGCGAAACUGCCAAGACAUCGGCGCUGCUUUGCGCGGUACUUGCAAUUGCCUGCUGCGCGGGCUGUAAGUCGAACCCGUUUGAGAAGGUGGCGGCUCCGCUGACCAACAUCGCUCCCGACCGUGUGGAGCGCGAGGGGGAGGCAAUUGCCGAAUUCGAACGUCGGCGGGACAAGGCACAAUUUACCGCCGCGCUCGCUCGAUAUCGCGAGGGCGACCUGGAAGAGUGUCGGAGGUCGUUAGACGGCAUUAUCGAGCGUAAUCCGGAGCACUCGGAUGCACGGCUUCUCUUGGCCGAGUUACUUCUCGUCGAGAAACAGCCACAAGUCGCGUUGCAACAUGUAGAGAGUGUGCUGGUCCGAGAGCCGAACAAUGCCGCGGCUAUUCACACCGCGGGACUGGUCCACGAGGCCUUAGGCAAUCCAACAGUGGCCCUCGAACAGUUUCAGCGUGCGAAUCAGUUGGACCCGGAGAACGAGGUUUACCUGCUGAGCUACGAUUCUGCUGUUGAUAAUCCGCUUCGCCCAGCUGGAAACGCUCACAUCGACAUGAACCAAACGGCCAUGUACGCGCCCAUUAGUUUCGGGAAUGCAGGUGGCAACGGUUUUACCGAACGGCAGGAAUCGUGGAGUGGGUUGCUAGUUGAGGCCGAAGCAGCUUUGAAAGCAGGUAACGAUCUUGCCAGUCGUGAGGCUUUUGAUCGUGCCAUGCGGUUCUCUGGCGAUAACCCGCAAGUUCCCAUCUCGAUAGCAGUGUUGAUUUUACGACACAACCGCCCAGAACUCGCCAGAGAGUACCUGGAGCCCGCCGUAGCGCGUUUCCCGAACGAGCCGCGUCUUCACCGCACGCUCGGUUUAGUCCUCUAUCGCCUAGGUCAUUACGAGGCGUCUCAAGUCUCGAUACGGCAAGCACUUUCUUUGGACAACACAGAUGCCCUGUCCUACGUUUUACUGGGCUCAGCGUUGUCAAAAAUGGGCGAUCGUGCGGCAUACGAAGCUUGCCUGUACGAAGCCCGUCGACUUGACCCGUCGCUGGCAGAAUUGCGCUAA